GGAGCCAGAUGACCCUUUUUCCAGCCCAAGUUAGAUGAGAGGCUAGCACUUACGUUACCAUUGCCCACAAAUGGCGUCUGCACCAGAGAAGCAGAUGGAACCUACUUUGAGAGAUUAGAGAGAUGACCAGGUCAGUCGGGAUGGCAGGGGUGGCAGAGAAUGGGGCUGGAGCCACACCUCUGGCGGCGCAGAGUCUAGGGCACCCAGUUACCGAGAACCACUGCUCUGCUUUCUCAUUAAGAGCAGCAUGAUUGGUGCAGUGAUUGGGCGUGGGGGAUCAAAAAUAAGAGAGAUCCAGGAUUCUACCAGUACAAAAAUACAGAUCGUAAGAGGUGGUCCUGAAGCUGAGGUAAAAAUUUUUGGCAGGAAAGACAUGAAGGCCAAGGCCAAAGUGGCUAUAGAAACUCUUGUUAAGAAACAAGAAAGAAGCUACAGUUCAGAAUGCAGUGUUGAUAGUGCUGCCUCUCAACCUUUUGCCGGGAGAGGCUGGAGCAGAAGUAACACCACCAGAGCCACUCAGCCCAGAGAUGACACCACCAAAGCAGCCCAGCCCAGAGGCUAUGCGGCCACAGUGGCCCAGCCCAGAGAUGACAAUGUCGCCAGAAGGGCCCAGCCAGGAGACCACGUGGCCAGAGAGGCCCAGGCCGAAGACGACGACACCACCAGAGGGGCCCAGCCCAGAGAAACUGCCUCCAGAGCUUCCCAGCCCAGAGACGAGGAUGCCGCCAGAGACCACGCAGCCAGAGAGGCCCAGGCCAAAGAUGACACCACCAGAGAGGCCCAGCCUAGAGAUGAUGAUGCCACCAGAGGGACCGAGCCCAGAGACCACGGGGCCAGAGAGGCUCAGGCCAAAGACAACACCAGAGUGGCUCAGCCUAGAGACUAUGUGGCCACAGUGGCCCAGCCUAGAGACUAUGCAGCCAUAGUGGCCCAGCCCAGAGAUUUUCCAGCCAUAGUGGCCCAGCCCAGAGAUUUUGUAGCCAUAGUGGCCCAGCCCAGAGGUCACAAGCCCAGAGCCACCCAGCCAAGAGAUGGCACUGCUAGAGCAGCUCAGCCACAGAUAGAUUGGGAUCGAGUAAAAGCUGGAGUAGCUGAAUGGAAGAAAAGAAAAUGGGCAGAUUUACCACCAAUUAAGAAAAACUUAUACAUAGAAUCCAAAGCAACACACUCAUUAUCUCAAGCCCAAGUGGACAUUUGGAGAAAGGAAAAUUUCAACAUAAGGUGCGAAGACUUGACAGAAGGUGACAAACGUCCCAUACCCAAGCCGACAUGUACAUUCGAAGAUGCUUUUCAACAAUAUCCUGAGAUUAUGCAAAGCAUUAGGAGAGCUGGUUUUCAAAAGCCAACACCAAUUCAGUCUCAGGCAUGGCCAAUUAUUCUACAAGGAAUAGAUCUUAUAGGGAUUGCGCAAACUGGAACAGGCAAAACACUAUCCUAUUUAAUGCCUGGCUUUAUCCACCUUCAUUCUCAACCAGUGUCUAGAAAACAACGGAAUGGACCUGGCAUGCUAGUCCUUACACCCACCAGAGAAUUAGCUUUGCAAGUAGAAACUGAAUGCUCUAAAUACUUAUAUAAAGGUCUUAAAAGUGUUUGUAUAUAUGGUGGUACAAACAGAAAAGGACAAAUACAAGAUGUUACCAAAGGUGUAGACAUCAUUAUUGCGACUCCUGGAAGACUGAAUGAUCUACAAAUGAAUAAUUUUGUCAACCUAAGAAGCAUAACCUACUUGGUCUUGGAUGAGGCAGAUAAAAUGCUGGAUCUGGGGUUUGAACACCAAAUAAUGAAGAUCUUAUCAGAUGUGCGUCCAGAUAGACAGACUGUUAUGACAACUGCAUCUUGGCCAGAGUCCACCCGUAGACUGGCCCAGUCUUAUUUGAAACAGCCUAUGAUUGUUUAUGUUGGUACUCUGGAUCUAGUUGCUGUAAAUACUGUGAAGCAAAACAUAAUUGUCACCACUGAAGAAGAAAAACGAUCUCUGAUCCAAGAAUUCCUACAGAGCCUGUCACCCAAAGACAAAGUCAUCGUGUUUGUCGGCAGAAAACUUGUGGCUGAUGACUUAGCAAGUGAUUUAGGUAUUCAAGGAAUACCUGUCCAGUCCCUGCACGGUGACAGGGAACAGUGUGAUCGAGACCAAGCAUUAGAGGACUUCAGAAGUGGAAGAGUGAAAAUACUGAUUGCUACCGAUUUAGCCUCCAGAGGUCUUGAUGUAAGUGAUGUCACACAUGUAUUUAAUUACAAUUUUCCACGCAAUAUUGAAGAAUAUGUACACAGAGUUGGACGUACAGGAAGAGCAGGGAAAACAGGUGAAUCAAUCACCCUUGUGACCCAAGAUGAUUGGAAAAUUGCUGAUAAGUUGAUUAAAAUUCUCGAAAGAGCCAACCAGACUGUGCCACCCAAACUCCGAUCAAUGGCUGAUCGGUUUAAGAAGCGUAAGCAAAAGUAGGAGAUAGGAAAAAGAUCAAAGAAAUCUCAAGAAAAAUGCACUGAGCUUUAUUAACAUCCACACCUUGAAAAAUUUCACCUACAAGAAUAUCUAAGAAUGAGUUUUCUUAACAUCUGCUCCUUGAAAAAUUUCUCCUACUAGAAUAUCUAAGACUGAGUUUUAUUAACAUCCGCAUCUUGAAAAACUGUACCUACAAGAAUAUCCGACUGAGUUUAAUUUAUGUUUCCACCUUGACAAGUCGAACCUAAGAGAAGAUCCAAGAUUGAAUUGUAUUGAUGUCUCCCACACUGAAAAGUUGCACCUACAAGAAGAUCCAAGGCCACGUUUUAUCGAUGUCUACAACUUGAAAAAUUGUAUCUACCAGCAGAUCCAAGAUAUGUUCAAGUUAUGCAGUACUCAAGUUACCUAAGGAAGUAUUGGGAACAUACUGUCACUUAUUGGACAUUUAGCUAAUUCUGAACCAUACCACUAAGCUUUCCAUGUAUGUUCCUUAAUAGAAUCAAAAGUGCUUUGAAAAUGA